GAGCUGGAAGUUUGAAAGUGGCGGGCAGCGGUAAUAUUCAUCUCACGCGUAUCGGUGUCCGCGGCCAUCCGAGGACAAACGUAUAUUAUUUUAGCCUCAAGAGUAUCUAUCUAUUCUCGAUGUUUUAUUAGGUUAGUCAGAUUAACCCUGUCUUUCAUUAGCCACACAGCCACUGAGUUCAGUUUUGAUAUUUAAAGCUGGCACUGGAGGAAACGUGAAAAGUCUUAUUCAGCAUCAUGACCAAUGACGAUGCUAAGGUGAUCCCUGUGCGGGUUGCACUGCGAUGUCGUCCACUGGUCCCUAAAGAAAUUAAUGAAGGAUGCCAGUGCUGUCUGACCUUUGUCCCGGGGGAGCCACAGGUGAUUGUUGGUACAGAGAAGGCCUUCACCUAUGACUAUGUUUUUGAUCCUACUGCUGAACAAGAAGAAGUUUUCAAUACUGCAGUGUCCCCUUUAUUGUGCGGGCUUUUCAAAGGCUACCAUGCCACCGUUCUUGCAUAUGGACAGACUGGAUCAGGGAAGACCUUUUCUAUGGGAGGAACAUAUACAUCGGCGCAGGAGAGUGACCCUUCGGUUGGAGUUAUUCCACGGGUUAUCAGACGGAUCUUUGAGGAAAGGGAGAAGAGGACAGACUGUGAAUUUGUUCUAGCAAUAUCUUACCUGGAGAUUUACAAUGAAGAUAUACUGGACUUGCUAUGUACUUCUAAAGAUAAACCUGCCAUCAGCAUUCGUGAAGACCCUAAAGAGGGUAUUAAGAUCGUGGGAUUAACUGAGAAGCAGGUGUUCUCUGCUCAUGAGAUGGUGGGCUGUCUAGAACUUGGAAACUCUGCUCGGACUGUGGGCUCGACAGCGAUGAAUGCAGCCUCCUCACGCUCACAUGCAAUCUUUACUAUCACGCUGGAGCAGCGCAGAGGCACAGACAAAGCUGACUCUGUUGUUUCAAAGUUGCACCUAGUGGAUCUAGCAGGUUCAGAGAGACAAAAGAAAACCAAAGCAGAGGGAGAUCGUUUAAAGGAAGGAAUCAGCAUCAACCGUGGCCUUUUGUCUCUGGGUAAUGUGAUCAGUGCCUUAGGGGAUGAAAGCAAGAAAAACACCUUUGUUCCUUACAGAGACUCCAAACUCACUCGCCUGCUGCAAGAUUCUUUGGGAGGAAACAGUCACACUUUGAUGAUUGCAUGCAUCAGUCCUGCAGACUCAAACAUGGAAGAGACCAUCAAUACCUUGCGAUAUGCUGACAGAGCACGCAAAAUUAAAAACAAGCCUAUAGUUAAUGUUGAUCCCAGAGCUGCAGAGAUGAGUCGUUUGAAGCAACAGGUUCAGGAACUGCAGGUCAUGCUACUUCAUGCCCGUGGAGGAGUAGCUCCAGUGCUCACAGGGUCACAGUCGGCAGAGGAUGUCACUAAGCUGUUGGAAAAGAACCGUGUGCUGCAAGCUGAGAACAAUAAGCUAAGCAGGGAGCUCGGUGAGGCUGCUGGACAGACUGCCCUCAUGUUUGAAAAGAUUAUUAUGGCAGAACAAGCAAAUGAAAAACUACAGAGCAAACUGGAACAACUGCAGCACCAUGCUGCGUGCACUGUUGAUCUUCAAAAAUUGCUGGAAGCCCUGGAAGAUCAGGAACUGAAGGAAAACAUUGAGGUGAUGAAGAACCUACAAGAUGUCAUCAUAGAGCUCAAGAAUGAAAGUGCAGGCAUUGCAGCCUCCAUCGAAGCUAUGACAGCAGGAGAUAAUAUUUCUGGAAAUGACAGAAGUGCAGAAAGCGAGUCUCCUUCGGAUACCACUGGCAUUCUUGGUAAGGAAUCCCCAGAGGCCUUUACAACCCAUCAUGCAUUGCGGCAGGCACAGCUGUCCAAGGAACUGAUUGAACUAAACAAAGUGCUAAGUUUAAAGGAGGCAUAUGUGAAGAAAAUGUGCCAAAAUGACAGCCACCUGGAACCAAUGCAAUCUGAACAUCAGAAAAAUUUACAAAGUCUGCAGGGUGCAGUGGAUUCUCUGCAAAAGGAGAAAGAGGAUCUUGUUUUGGCUCUACAGUCUGCAAAGAAAGACACUAACCAGGCUAAGCUUAGUGAGCAGCGCAGGAAGAGGCUGCAGGAGCUUGAGGGGCAGAUUGUGGACAUGAAGAAGAAGAUGCUCGAACAGUCCAAACUGCUGAAACUUAAAGAGUCGUCUGUUCAAAAAGUUGGCAAGCUCAUGCAGGAGAUCCAGGCUAUGAAGACCCAGCGUACCCAGCUGAUGAGGCAGAUGAGGGAGGACUCUGAGAAAUUUCGACACUGGAAAAGCAAGAAGGACAGGGAGGUCCUGCAGCUCAAGGAGAAGGAUCGUAAGCGCCAGUAUGAAUUGCUCAAACUUGAACGGGAUUUCCAGAAACAAGCCAAUGUCCUGCGUCGUAAAACUGAAGAGGCUGCUGCUGCAAACAAGCGGUUGAAGGAUGCCCUGCAGAAAAGAAGUGAGGUGGCAGAGAAACGUAAAGAUUCUCAAAACCGAGGACUAGAGGGAGCUGCUGCUAGGGUUAAGACGUGGCUGCUCAAUGAAGUAGAGGUGAUGGCGAGUACAGAAGAGGCUCGACGGCACCUCAAUGACCUGCUGGAGGACAGAAAGGUUUUGGCUCAGGAAGUCAACCACCUGAAACAGCAGCUAGAGGCCGGGGAGAGGCCUGCUGCCAAAAUCAGGCGUCGUACGCUCAUAAUUUCUGAGCUGGAGAGCCAUGGGGCGCUGGAAGCACCUCUCGCCAAACAGGUUGAGAACCUGGAGACAGAAAUUGGCCUCAGGAAUGCCCAGAUCGCCGACCUCCAGCAGAAACUUCUUGUUGCUGACAGCGAAGGUCGUUUGAAACAGAAAAUAGACGGCAUUACAAGCAUAGUGGACGCCAAGUGUGCCAUAAAAGUCCUGAUGUCUGAGUUGGUGUCUGCUAAAACAGCUGGUGCCAAACUGGAGAGUGAAGUCAAACAGGAGAAGGGAAAUUUACAAGAGUUAAGGAAGCUGCUGGCUGAUGAGAGAAAUGUGAUGUCAACCAUGGACAUGGAGCAUCAGCAGCAGCUGGUAGAACUAGAGCAAAGACAUCAGGAGAAGGUGUUGUACUUCCUUAACCAGCUACAGAACAAACCUAUAUGUGAAGAGUCCUAUCAAACAAAGCAGAAGGAUGAGGAGAGUUUAAAAGAGAAGGAGCUUCUGCAGCGCCUCAAAAUUCAGGAGGAAGAGCUUGAAAAACUGACAGAAUUAAGUGAGCAGAACCAAAAACUCACAGAGCAGGUUGAACAGUACAAAAAGAAACUCUCACUGCUGGAAAGUGGGAAGAAAGUCCUCUUACCUGCAACCAAGAAUGAAAUCAGCCCAGAUGACUCGUUUGAGUACAUUCCUCCGAAGCCUAAAGGGAAACGCUUCACUACAGCUAAAGCCCGACAGAACAUGACCAUAAAUGUUGAGGAGCUAAUUUCCUCCAGUGAGAGUGAGAAUGAGGAGGACGAGUGGCAUCCUGAGAAGGGACGCAGAAUCUCCAAGAAAACCAAAGCAACAGGGUGCGCGUGUAAAGGCCGCUGCAGCAACAAGCAGUGCCGAUGUCGCAAAGGAAAGAUGACAUGCGGGGAGAACUGCCAGUGUGAUCAUGACAAGUGUCGAAAUCUGGAUAACCAGGUGCCUGCUGAGGAGCUUAGUAAGACAGAAAACGCUUUCAGAGACUCUGUGCACCUUCAGGAUCCCACAUGCGUCAGUCCUGACAACACCACAUUCUUCAAACCUCCAUCUUGUACUCCCACUAAGAAGGUGUUAGAAGAAAUUGGAGACAGGGGACACGUUUCUGCAGACCUAAAGCUGGUCAGGAAACCCACCUUGCCAGAGGAGGAUGAGGAAGAGCAGAAGGAUGAGGAAGAGGAGAACACAACAUCUGUCAGCUUCCUCAAGAAGAAGAAGCGAAUCCUAACGAGUUUUCAGAACAGUUUUUUCUCUGGAUGCACUCCAAUCAGAGAGGAACCCUAAUCAGGGCAGCAGUGGGGGGGCUUUUUACACUGUGUUGUAUGUCAGGUAAAUGUUCUGUCAACAUGUGCUUUGUCUGUUUUGAUGUCUUUAUGUGACUAAACUGUUGUGUACUCUAACUUGAAAGUAGCUGCUUAUUAGGAAGUACUUUGAUUUCUGUAGACAAUAACAAGGACAGAGGAAGCCUGUACAUAAUUUACUUAGAUGUUCCAUUUUAUUCUCGAGAGCAAGUCAUAUAAAAUGAACGGUCCAACAAGCAAAAACCUAAAUGCUAACUCACCUUCUCUUCAGCACAUAAUUAUAAACUUUAAAGCAACUCAGACUUUUUUCGUGAUUUUAAUAUUGGCUCAAUAAAGACUUGCAGUCAAAUAGUGCUUUUUAAAAACAGUUUGUUUCUGUCUGACCGUGCAACAGUGUUUAAUCUCGUAACAUUAUUUUGUGCUGAAAAUAAUUUAUUUUACUUUCCUGUUCUGAUAAAUCUUGAUUAGGAAGUCUUUGAUGUUAAUUUGUCUACACAGUGCAGCCUACAUAAGCAUCAAGUGCUGAAUGUACAUAUCUUAAAAUGAGUCCAUUUCCAAUAAACUAAUAAAUCAUCUAUA